AUGACUUUUGUCACUCGCAUCGGCACCUUCAUCAAUGCAUCUGCCAGCGGUCUUGCCAGCACCAUGUCGGCUCGGACGGGUCUCCGGUCCUUUCUCUCGCUCGCUAUCUUCUUCGUGAUCUUUGUUGUUGCCUACGCCGAGUUGGACUCGGCCGAAGGCGACCGCCUGGGCUGGGAAUUUUGGAAGCUCAAGGACGACGAGCUGCGCGAGCAGGAGAACGAUCAACAUUCUUUCGCCGAUAUCAAAGUAGGCUACAAAUCCCCUCAACAGCGAUACCUCGAAGAAGCCAAAAAGGUCUCUAGCCAGUUCAAAGACGUCAAGUCUACCUUCCCAACUCUCAAACUCGCCGACAACUACACCAGUCCGUACCUGUUCGAAGACCCUCGCACCUCGAUCCAGCAGAGCGAAAUCGCAAAGUCAAGCAAAAUCUACCGUCCUUACCCUAGAUACAACUCGGAUGAAUGGAAGCGCACCCACCGCGGCGCAUUCGUGCCUUGUGUCGGGCCUCGCGGCAAGAAACUAGAUCAGAGUCUGGAUGACAGCGUCAGCGUCUACCUCGGCGCGCCUGCAGGCUUCCCCGCCCCCAGUUUCGGCUCCUACGAGGCCGUCGGCCUUGACGGCCAGCUGUCCUACGAUCGAUACGGGAGAUACUCAGCCUAUGGCUUCGGAGAGGACGACCCUAACCAGGACUGGAUUCGCCCGGCCAAAGUGGACUGGAAUAAGGUGAACUGGGGUCAGCUGCAGCAAGAAUGCGUCCACGCAAAUGCCGGCCGUUUCAACACGACAGCUCCCAACGAAGGCAGCGGUCUCGCAGCUUGGUUUCAGCACAAAGCCAAACCUUCCAACCUUUUGAACCAGGACAUUAGACCCGAGACGCGCACCGCAAUCCUCAUUCGAAGCUACACCGACAAAGUGUACUCGGAAAACGAUAAGCAGGUCAUUCGCUCCAUGGUGCAGGAGCUGUCGCUGCAAUCUGGUGGCGAGUACGAAGUCUUUUUGCUCGUCCACGUCAAAGAUGACAACGUCCCUAUCUACCAAAAGGAGGUCUAUGAAAAGGUCCUUAACGACAACAUCCCCCAAGAAUUCUGGAACAUGACAAUCCUAUGGAGCAUGCCUAUGGUCUCGGAGCGAUACAAUAAGCUCGACCCAAAGGUGAUGAACGUCCAUCAAUCGCAGUGGCUUCCUAUCCAGCAUUUUGUUUUGGAAUACCCCGAAUUCGACUUUGUCUGGAACUGGGAAAUUGACACCCGCUACAUCGGCCAUCACUAUGAGUUUGCCGAAGCGAUUGCCUCGUUUGGCCGCAAGCAGCCUCGCCGCGGCAUCUGGGAGCGCGCUGAGCGUUUUUAUAUUCCAGAACUCCACGGCGAUUUCGACAACGGUUUCAGGAACCAUGUUGCCAAGAACGGGGGACCAGGCAUCUGGGGACAUUUAGGAUACGAAGCAGACGAAGACAAGCUACCCAAGCCCAAGGGUCCAGUCCCGCCUGUCCCACGACCUGAGAUGGACGAUUAUAAAUGGGGUGUUGGCGAAGAGGCCGACUGGGUCGGCUUUCUCCCUGUUUUUAACCCACAAAACACCGACUGGAUUUUGCGAGAUGAUGUGUUUGGAUACCUCGGAAAGGAAACGCCGCGACGGUCUACCAUUAUCACGCACUCUCGCAUUUCGCGACGCGUCAUUCUGACCAUGGACGACGAGAAUCUCAACGGUCGCCACAUUGGCUCCGAAAUGGCGCCCCAGACCAUCGCGCUCUUGCACGGGUACAAAGUCACCUAUGCGCCGCACCCGAUUUGGUCGGACAAGCCGCUGAGUGCAACCCGCAUGGAUCGCUGGUUCAACUCUGGAGUGAAUGGAAAGUCUGGUAGCACCAAGGACAGCCCAUUUUCGUGGGGGCGUGAGCAACGCUUUAAAGAUCUGUCCUGGUACUAUCGAUGCAAUCUGCCUGGUCGGUUAUACUGGAAUCUCCUGGGAUGGGAGAAGGAAUCCACAGGAGGAGAAAAGUAUGAGAAACAACAUGGACGAGUCGUCCUACCAGCCAUGUUUUUCCAUCCAAUCAAGGAUGUAACUCCCGACUCCGACAGCACGCACUACGACCUUCCAACUUAA